UUUUAUUAUUGAUUUGGAAAUUAUCUUCAAUAUCAAAGAGAUAUCAAUUUUAAUGGUUUUGAAAUACUAAUAAAAUUAGUAUUAUUAUCAAUUAGUUUUAUUGCUAAUGUAUUAGAUUUAUUUUAAAUUAUCAGGAACAUUUGAUAUUUUACUUAAUAUUUUAAUAUUUUAGUUAAAAUAUAAAAUUUUUAGAAGUGAUCGUUUUUUAAUGAUAUAAAUCGUUGUUUUAGAACUGAUAAUUAUAUAUAUAAUAAUACAUAUGUUAGAUGUAUGUGGAUUAAUAAUAUAUUUGUGAGAUAUCUUUGGAAAGUUUAUUUUAAAACUAAAAAAAAAAAAACAUACAAAAUAUGCAAAAGUUAACACACAAAAAUAUUAAAAUUUAUUUAUUAAGUUAUAAUAAGUAUAAAAAUUAAAUUAAAUAAAGUAAAACAGAAAUAAAAUGCAAUAUAGGAGUUUCACUAUUUUAUUUCAUAUAAUAUAAAUUUCAAUUGGUCAUAACUUUAACUAUAUAUUUUUGUAUUUAAACCAAUUUUUAAUCUUCAAAAUUAAUCUUUUAAAAGUUUUUUAUAAAUAUAUUAAUAUUUUGGAUGAAAAUAAUUUCAUUACUAUUAAUUGGAAUGGAAAAUUUUUUGAAUUUUUUUUUAAUAUAUUCAUUUUUAUAUUUAAUUGUUAGAAGUUACUAUUUGCAUCAAUAAAUGAAAAAUACUUGUAUUCUUCUAAAUUAUUUUCUAGAUAAAUUUCUUAUUUCUUCAAAAAUAAAUAACUAAAAACAAUUAUCCAUUUAAAUUUUCAAGACAUUUUAAGAAUAUUCAAAAUUCCAUAUACAAAAAAUUAUAUAAAAGAAUACAUUGAAUUUUGAGAAUUUUUAAUGUUAGAUAUACAUACUAAUAUAUAAAUAUUUUCUUUUUCUUUAUUUAGUUAUAUAUAAAGAAUGAUUUAUUUAAUUUAUUUUUUAUAUUUAUUUAAUUUUUAUUUAAUUUAACUUUUAUUGAAAUAUUUACUUACUUAUUGGUUUUUCAGUAUCCAUCUGUUAAACUUUAUUUAAACUUUGCAAAUAUAAUACUUGAAAUUUUUAUUCUUUGCAAAUAAGACAAAAAAUAAUUAAGACAAAAACUUGAUAUGAGUCAAGUUUCUUCUCUCUAAUAUGCAUGAUCUUUUGCAUAUAAUUAAUGACAUCAGAAUAUCUUAAUCUUUUCUUUUUCCAUGUUUAUGAAAAUAAAAAUAAAUAUAUAAAAUAUAUAUUUUUCCAUUAUUUUAGAAAUAUUUAUUAGAAAUAUAUAUUAUAAGAAGUAAAUCUAAUAUAAGCAUUUCAUUAACAUAAUGUUGGAAAUAGAUUUUAAUAGAAAAAGUAAUAAUAAAAUUGCUUUAUUUUUUUGAUAAUCAUGAAAUUCAGUAUAUAGCAUAUAUAGCAUUGUUAAGCAGCAUCAAAUUUAUUUCAAUCAAGGAUCAUUUAUCUAAUAAAUAAAGUUCAGUGAACUGCACAAUAUGUAUUGUAUUAGUUAUUAAUUACUUCAAUUUUUAAAUUUCGUUUUAUUUUAUUUAAAAAAAUAUCAAAUUAUAAUAAAAAAAUUAAAAAAUAAAAUUAAUUUAUUUUGUAUCGAAAAAUAUAUGCAGGGUAUAAAAAUAUCAUGAGCUUGCAUGCCAACAACCAAUUUUAUAUUUCUAAAUAACUAGUUUUAUAGUUAAAUAUAUGAAUGAGAUAAUUGUUGUACUUAAAAUAUUAUAAUUAUUUGAAAUAAGAAAUAGACAAAUUUUCUAAAAUUGGUCAUUUUUAUCUCAGGAUAGAAUUUUACAUAUUUUAAGUAUAUUAUUGUACUGUAUUGUGCAAUACUUUUAUUUUUUUAGAUCAGAAUUAUAAUAAGUGUUAUAGAAUGUUUUUUUCUAUAGAAAAUACAUCAGAGAUAUUAAUAUAUCAAAUUUUUUAUUAAAUAUUUGCUUCAUUUUUUAUCAUUAUUCAUAAUAAAAAUUUCACAUAGAAAUGAAAUUAAAUUUAAAUGAAAUUAAAUUUAAUUUUUAGGAAGAGUUUUAAUUUUUUGUAAGUGGAUGUUUAGAGGAUAUAUAAAAUUUAUUAAUAUUUUUUUAAAUAAAAUCAUGUACUUUUAAAAAAUAUUUUAAUAUUUUCAAGAUUUUAAAGAUAACGACAAUUUUAAAGACAAAGAGAAUAUAAAUGGAAUAUUGCUUUGUAUAUUCCUUGUUUUUUAUAUACUAAAUUAUAAUUUUAAUUUUUAACAAAUUAAAAUAUUUUCUAAACAAAUGAUGUUUGGACAUAAAUGAAUUAAUAUUUUUAUAGAGAAUAUUUUAUAUAUAUAUACAUAUAUAUAACAUUUUUUAUAUCAAAUAAUAUACUAAAAAAUAACUAAUACAAUAAAAAAUAAUUUAUUUAUCUAUUUAAAAAAACAUUCAUGAUUUUCAUAUUUUCUAUGUAUUCACUUAAAAAAAAAAUAAUAACAUAAAAAUUAAUUUUUUUUUUGAAUCCAUUUAAUUUUAUCUGAAAAAUUUUUUAUUAUCAAUAAUAGCAAUCAUAUAAAACAAGAUGAUAAAUUCUGUAUAUAUAUUUUAUAAUACUCCAUAAUAUUUUUGUUAUAUAUAAUAUAUAUCUAUAUAUCUAUUUAUUUAAAGGUAUAUAUAUAUAUAUAUAAUAUUAGAUAAUUUUUAGAUAGCUAUAAUAAAUAGUGAAAAUAUGUAAAAUCUGAUAUAAAAAUUUUUCUAUUUUUGUUUUUUGUUUUCAAACAAAUACAAUUAUUAUUAUUGCUUUUUAUUAAUAAUAUUGAAUUUAUAUGCAUUAAUUUUUUUAUAUAUUUUAAAAUAUCAUAUUUGCAUUAAUCUCACAUAUUUAUAUUACGGGUACUAAUAUAUAAAAUAAAAAUAUAAACAUAUAAUAUAUGUAAUAAACAAUCCUAAGAUUAUAAAAAUAAAUAUCCAGCAGAAUUAAAAUAUAAUAAAAAUAUUAUAUUUAUUUAUGUCAUAACUAUUAUAUAAUUAUCUAUAAAUAUUUUACAUAAAAUUAUAUAUAAUAUAUUAAUAAUAAGCUUUUUAUUUGCAGAAUAAAUUCAUUAUUUAAUAUAAUUUAUUAUUGAAUCUAACCAUCUAAGCAUUUAAUAUAAUGAUAUUUUUAUACUCUAUAUUUAUGAUAUAUAAAAAUUAUCUUUUUUUAAUUAAUAUCAUUACAUUACUAUAUAUCUCAUUAAUAGUAAUAUAUUUUGUUUGAUUUUCUUUUUUAUAUUCAUUAAGUUACAAUAAAGUGAAACAGGAAAUCAUUUGGAUUAUGAAUAUACAUAAUUAUGAAUUACAUAAUUUUUUUUGAAUUUAAUGAUUAUUCAAAAAAAGAUUUUGAGGAAAAAAAAAUAAAGUUGAAGUUAUACUUGUAUAUUUUAAUAGAAAAAAUAAUUAAUUAAAAUAAUAUUUUAUAUAUCUUAUUUAUUUCAAAAAAUAUUUAUAAAUCAAAGUAUAUAUAAAUAAUAUUAAUUUUUAGUAAAUAAUUGUAAGUAAUAAUUCAUUGAAAGAUUAUAAUGGCGUCUAUUUAUGAUUAUUAUUUAAGAUUUAUUUUGUAUUUGUAUUUGUAUUUUGUAUUUAUAUAAGUAAAGUAUAUAUAAAUUAUUAUGAAUUUUUAAUUAAUUUUUAAAUAUUAAUUAUUAUGUAUUUUAUUUUUAAUAUGAUAUUAUUUAUAGCAUUCAUCACAUUAUUAUAAAUAUAAUAUAUUAAAAUCAUAAAAAGUUAGUAUUUUCAAAUAAUAAAUUAAGGAUACAAAAAUUUAUAUUUGAUAUUGAUUAUAAUUAUAUUUGAUAUUAAUAUUAACUUAAAAAAAAUUAUUUUUUUAAAUUUAAAAUAUGAAAGAUCAAUAAAUUCUUAAAUUUAAUAUUAAGAAAUUUUAAAUAUAAAUUUCAUAAUUCACAAUUAGUUAAAAUAAAUUUUUUUAUUAAUAAUUUAUUUUUUAAUUUAUUAAAUUUAUUAAAUUUUUUUAAUUUAUUUUUUCAUAUGAUUUAUCAAUUAUUUUUUUAUUUUAUUUCAUAUAUAUAUAUAAAUACAAUGAAAUUAUUAUAUAUGUAUACUCUAUAUAUUACAUAUAUAUAUAAAUAUGAUAAAAAUUUAUUUGUGUAAAUUGACUUCAUAUUUUAUAAAUUUUAUUUAUUUGUUGAUGAAUUGUUUUUAGAAUCGAUUUAAAAUUUGAUUUUAUUAUUAUAUAUUAGUAAUAUAUACAUAAAUCAUAUUAUAAAUAUUAAAUUUUAUAAAUUAUAUUGUUAUAUUGUAAUAUUAAUAAUAUUCAUAUAAUCUUAUUUUAAAUGUUUUUAAAUUUUUAUUAUAAAAAAAUAUUUAAAUAUUAAAAAUUUAUUAAAACUUAAAAAUAUAUAUAAUACAUAUACAUACAUAUAUAUAUAUUAUAUAUUUAAAAUUUAUUUAUAGACAAGAAUAUUUGAAUUAAAAUUUUUUAUUGAUUUAAUACUUUGCAAGAUUAAAAUAACCUAGUCUAUGAUAUUAUAUGAAUUAUGAAUAAUACUUUACACAAUAAUUUGUGUAAAAUUAAGUAAACAUUAAUUCUGAAUUUAUAUAAUUUUAGUAAAAUAAUUAAUAUUAAUAAAAAUUAUAUAAAAUGAAAUGGUAUAUACGUAACAUCUAAAAUAUUUAUUUUAAAAUUACAUAAAAACAUUAUAUAGAAGUUGGUAAACCUGAGUAGUAAGCAAAAACCACAUGGAAAAGGUGAAAGUAUUAAGAGACAGAAGACGACAGAUCAGAAGCGCCACAAAACGGAGAUGCGGACAUUUUACAAAACACUCGGCAUGGAUCGAGCUCCAUGUUCGCCCGUGAAAGUGAUGCGGUAUCUCCGCGAUUAGGGGAUACAAAUCUCGUGUUCAGUGUAAGGACGUUGAACAGUUUGUAUACAUUAUUUUGUGAGUCGAUAUUUGCAAUUGUUUGUUUCAAAGGUGACAAGGUUAGUUUAAGGGUGUGUAAUCUUAAUACGUGUCAAAAAGUAGCGUGGCGAAACGAUUUUUGGUCUCGUUUCAGUGCACGAGGAAAUUCUUAUAAAAACCGAUCGCGACAUCACAAAAUAAUAAAGUUUUGUCGAAGAAACAUAUCGAAAAUAAAAACGGAAAAUACAAUAUUAAGAACAAAGGCGAAAAUAAUAACAUUAAAAGUGGUAGUGGCAGCAGCGAUAGUGACGGUAACGGCAGCAGUGGCGCAAAGUGUGAGGACGAGGUGAAUGCACGGCGGCCGCGGUGUGUGCCAGUGGUGUGCGCGCUCGUCGCUCGUGGAAACCCGCCAAAACCCGCGGCCGCGAACAACCACCAGCAAGAGCAGCAACAAUAGCAACAACAACAGUAGUAGAAGGAAAAGAAGGAGGAGGAGAAGGAGGAGAAGGAGAAGGUGGAACAGCGUUAGCAGUAGUAGUAGUAGUAGUGGUAGCAGCAGCAGCAGUAGAAGCAGUGGUAGCACGCGACGUUGUGCUGUUUUGACAACUUUCCGCCGCGUCGGGGCGUCGCGCCGUUUUUCUCGCGGCGGCGGCGGCAACUGUAGAAACGAUAACAGCAAUAAGACAGCGACAACAACAACUUAUUUAAAAAAGGUCGAUUGUGACGGUAAUUACGAUUGUUGCUGUCUCUUUAGCUCAUACGACGUCGACGGUGGUGGCGACUGCGUUCUGUUAUUAUUUUGCCACGGUGCUUUUGACCCUACAAACCGGACGAGUUCAUUGCAGCGCUUUCGCGGGGGUGUCAGCCAGUUUUAUUACUCCGACCUUCUCCGUCCGCAGCAGCAGCGCCGACGGCGCCAGAACACGACGUGUGUGAAUCCCUCUGGUGGCAAGUGUAGGAGGAUCGCCACAGAACUAUAUCAGUGACGUUGCGGCUGAGAAAGGACGCGACGAACCACGUGAUAUACCUGUCGUCGGGCCGCGUCAUGCAAAGCAUGCCCGACUCCUCGAUGGCCAUAACCUGAAUUGAGCCGAUUUGACCCGAUUAAGCCCGAUUCAACGUAUUCGCAGUUGAACGAACAAGCAAACGAACGAAUGAAAGAAAACAAACGGUAGCCAUUGACUUUUUUCAUCUUUCAUCGUGCUUACGUUUAUUAUUCUUUAGUGUUCUGUGUUUAAUAAAGAAUACGUUAUCGCUUUUUGCAAUAAAGAUGCGAAUACUCAGAAGUGUAUCAGAAGUGUAUUAUACUUCAAUGAUAAAAUUUAUCUAAUAUAAAAAAAAAGUAAAAAUUUAAUAAGGAAAAGGGUCAAUCUGUCUACUUAUAACAGGUGACUAAUCGAACGAAUGAACGGAGUGAUCGUGAUACGCAUGCUGUUUCUCGUUCUUUCGAUAUUCUUUUAUACCGCUGAUAAUUUGAAAUAAUUGUGCUAUACUGUGUACUGUGCACAUAGUGUCAUUGAUACGGUGUUUUUAUAGUGUCAACCGUUACGUGUAAUUGUCUGAAGGUGGUGGCGUGGGAGUCCGACAUUUUAACCGCUCGUAUUCACGAAAAGAUACAAGUGUCCACGUGUGAAAUAUGGUCGGCACUUGAAGGGCGUGAAAAUCAUACGUUGAACUUAUUUCAAGAAAAUUUUUUAAUGUCUUCUCUGAUAGGAAUUUUAUUAUAAGUAUAAUUAAUUUUAUGAUCACGAUCUGUUUAUUUUUUCAUUAUCGCAUACCUUGUUGACCAAAGAAAAAGGUGUCAAACACGUUUCUUUACGGCGAUUCAAGAAUCUUGAGAAAGAAUAAGUGUUGAAAAUUGUGUGAUUUUGUUAAGUUAAAGAAAGAAAUUAAGACAGUGUAUGUACUGACAAGUUAUUAAGAAAUAUCCGUGUUUUGUACAUUUAGUGGAAUGUUUGACAGUAUUUAAUCAAGUGUCUAACAAUGAAAAAUACCUGACAUUCACAUCAUAAGGAUUAUGGGAAUUAAUAAUGGAAUCGAAUGAGGAUUGAUUUUUUUAAAAAGUGAAUUUUGCAGUUUGGAAAAACAAGUGAAGUAACAGAACAGUAGAAUACGAAAAAAGAGAACUAUACACAUUGUUAUUGAAAAUUGAUAAAGCUAAUUAAAAGGACAGAAAAAAACUUAGGAACGAAAACAAUUGAACAAAAAAAGGAUAUUGAAAAGCAGGUGUACACAUUUGUAGAUCGUGUAAUAAAAAGGGAGAGAGAGAGAGUGAAAAAGAAAAAAGCUCAGUGUCUGUAAAUAAGAGUUAUUUUUUCGUAUGAAGGAAAAAGAGAUACAUCCACAUCGAAACGAGGAGAAACGAGUGAGAAGACGUUUAGAAGUCCUUGAACUAAACAAGGUUCGGAGGACUUUCUCUCUCUCUCUCUCUCUCUCUCUUAGAAGAAUAUAUGAAGAAAGUGAUAAAACAUUGGUGACAAAGACCAAGAAAAGAACGAAUGAAAGUGAAACAGAUAUAGUGUCAGAAUUAUUAUUGAGUCUUUUUUCUAUAACUUUCAUUCAAAAUCGAUUGUGUUUCUUCUAAUUCUAGAAGAAUAUCGUUCACAGAAAGUGACUAAUUUAGAUUUAAAAAGAUUGAUAAAAAUUUUUACAAGCAAAGAAGCAAAAGAGAGAGAGAGAGAGAGAAUGUGUGUGUGUAUAUAUAAAUGGAAAUAGUAUAAAAAGAAGAAGAAGAAGGAGAAGAAGAAGAAGAAGAAGAAAAAGAAGAAGAAGAAGAAGAAGAAGAAGAAGAAGAAGAAGAAGAAGGAGAACGAGAGAGGAAGGCGGGGAGAGGAGAGGAGAAGUGGAAGUGAGGGGAAAGAGAGAGAGAGAGAGAGAGAGAGAGAGAGAGAGAGAGAGAGAGAGAGAGAGAGAGAGAGAGAGAGAGAGAGAGAGAGAGAGAGAGAGAGAGAGAGAGAGAGAGAGAGAGAGA